AUGGCCGACACCGAGAUCUCCAGACCAGAGGAGCCAAGCUCCUCCCCAGCUCCCCGAUCCCCUUACCAGAAUGUCCGCACCAAUGGCCGUGCCUUCAAUUCGCCUAACUGGCGGAUGAAAAGCGAGAGCAGCCCGCAAGCCUCGCCGUCGCGCACCCCCAGCAGCACCACUCACACCUCCCGCACCGCCUUCUCUCGCCCUGGGCCGCAUGUGCCCCAGGCCAUUUCAGACGGACGCCGUCUAUACGUGGGCAAUAUGCCCUAUACGGCCAAAUCGGAGGAUGUGGAGGCGCUCUUCACGGCGGCCGAGUUUGCCAUCGAGCGCAUCGACAUUGCCAUUGACCCAUUCACCGGGCGCAAUCCAUCCUACUGCUUCGUCGACCUGCAAACCAAAGAACACGCCGACCAGGCGAUGGUCGAAUUGGACGGCCGGGACCUACUGGGCCGCCCUGUCAAGAUCAAGCCGGGCGUCGCCAAAUCCGCCGAACGCACUGGCGAACACUCCCGAUCAUCCUUUGGCCUCGACCGAUGGCGCCGUCCGGACGCGACUACUUCGACCGACACGACCUCAACCGGCCAGAGCGACUCCAGUCUCCGGGUCUAUGUGGGCGGAUUGCCCCGUCUGACCGAUGCCAGUGAAGCUCAGAGCAACAUGCAGACCUUCUUCUCGGGGUACCAGGUUGUGAAUGUCAGUAAGGUGUUUGCCCCUCACCCGGCGAAACGAUUCGAACCUGGUGAGCACUAUUAUCUGUUCGUCGACCUCGACAGUGUGGAGGAAGCCCAGCGGGCUAUGGACACCCUUAAUGGCCAGCCAGGGCCGUGGGGAAGCCCGCUACGUGUCCAGCGAGCGCGUGGUACCACCAGCAAGUCAGAGGCCACCCCCAGCCCUGGGGGAGAAACCCCAGCCUAA